AUCUGCAGGUAUUAAUUGCCAAUUGGCUUUGUUGACAUGUUUUCUUAGUAGAACGAACUCUCCGCGUUUUCCUGAUUACUCUGUAGUGGCAGCUUGUCCUCUCCAGCGAAUGCUUCAUUCUAAAAGAUGGACUGGUUAAUCGUAUGUGUUGCGCUGCUACAUCUGAUUGUUUCCCCAUUCACCAAAGUUGAGGAGAGCUUCAAUCUUCAAGCAUGUCAUGAUUUGCUGUACCAUGGCCUUCACCUUGAUCAAUAUGAUCAUCUCGAUUUUCCAGGAGUUGUACCCCGCACAUUUGUGGGCCCCAUAGUGGUGUCGUCAGUUGCAUAUCCAUUUGUUGGUAUCAUAAAAAUGUUAGGACUCUCAAAGUUUUUUGCUCAGUACAUAGUGCGAGGAGUGCUAGGGUUGCUGGUUAUACUUGCUUGGCGUCAGUUCCGCAAGCAAAUACAGGAUGCUUUUGGACCACAUGUUACCUUAUGGUUCACUCUUAUUACAGUCUCACAGUUCCAUUUUAUGUAUUACCUAAGUCGUCCGUUGCCUAAUACUUUUGCAUUGUCUGUUGCUCUGCUUGCAUUCUCUUACUGGUUAGAGCAACGACAUGGGUCUAUGAUAUGGGCAUGUGGAAUAGCAGUACUUAUAUUCAGAUCUGAGCUUUGUAUCCUCUUGGGUCCCAUGCUACUUGCUGAUCUUUCUACAAGAAAACUGUCAACAGUUCCAUUCUUGAAAUAUGCUAUACCUGCUGGUUUUAUAUGUCUAGCAACUACAAUAGCAGUCGACUCCUUGUUUUGGGGAAGGCUCUUGUGGCCAGAAGGCGAAGUAUUUUGGUUUAAUACAUACAAGAACCAAAGUCAAAAUUGGGGUGUAUCCUUUUAAUGCUUCAGAUUUUAUCUUAAUAUU